CGGCACAGUCGGGCAGAAAGCGCCAGUCGGCCGUGGAUGUUCCUGAACGCAGACUCUCCAAGGACGGAUUAACGGGGUGCACUUCAUCCUCCUUCCCCCGCCAUUCACCGUGUAAGACGCAACCUCCAGGCGACGAAACGGGGGUCAUGGACAAAUCAGUGGAUGACGACUUGCGUUGCGGUCUGGGAAGCUGGCACCCACCCUGGUUGCAGCGAUUGCUCAGCAAGAAGACCUACAUGCUGGCUUACGGUGUAACGGGCAUGUGUUACUUCACAAUCAGCUCAUACUUCACUGCAACUGUAAACACAAUGGAGAAACAGUUCAAAAUAUCUAGUCGCACGUCAGGCAUAAUUUCCGGAGCAUGGGACAUGGGGUCGCUUGUAUCCGUGCUGUUAAUUGGAUACUUCGGCGUGAAAGGUAACAAGAUGCGCAUCAUUGGAGUAGGAUCGUUGCUGGUGGCCACAUCCUGCUUCAUAAGACUGCUCCCCCACGCCCUCUACGGGCCUGGCAGCGACGUCCUGGAGCUCACCUACGAACACUGGACUGGCGACUCGCUUCUUAACAUCACUAACGUUUCCAACUUGGGACUCCCUGUUUGCGGAUCUCCGGAGUUAUCCACAGACUGCACAGAGGCAACUUCUACUGUGUCCGUACCUGCGAUUAUCAUGUACGUGGCGCAGUUUAUUCAAGGAAUAGGCUGCUCUGUGUACUGGACGCUGGGCCUCACCUACCUCGACGACAACACCACCAAAGACAAAGCUCCUCUCGCUCACGCUACUACUCAGUGCAUUCGACUUCUGGGUCCUACACUAGGAUUUACGUUCGCCGCAUACACAUUAUCGAAAUUCGUGGAUCCUACGCUCACUCCUCGGAUCGACAACACAGAUCCCCGAUGGAUCGGCGCGUGGUGGCUAGGAUGGGCCCCUUUGGGUGGCGUCGUGGUGUUCCUGUCUUGGAUUAUGCUCCUAUUCCCAAGACAAUUGCCUCGCACCGCAAGUCGUCGGGCGGAACGUUUAAAACAGAGCAUUGUCAUUCCCCCUGCCACUUCAAAGAAUUUCUUUCUUGCCAUUCGACACUUACUGAGCAACAGAAUUUUAGUGUAUAAUAGUUUUAGUGCAGUGUUCUUCGUAUUUGGAAAUGUGGGUUACUGGAUAUUCAUGCCAAAAUACAUGGAAACAAUGUAUCAGCAAACGUCUUCAAAGGCAAGUCUCAUAUCAGGUGCCAUUGGAUUGACGUCGGCGGGGCUAGGGCUGAUAGCGUCAGGCGUCGUCAUGACCCGCUACAAACCGCGCCCGCGCCUGGUCGCCUCGUGGAACGUGAUAGUUGAAGUGCUGGACGCUCUGUGCAAGUUCGGGUGGAUAUUUCUCGACUGCGGAGAUCGACACUUGCAGGGCAGCUGGGGAGAAAAUAACAUGUAUAACCUCACUGCUCAGUGUAAUUCACACUGUGAAUGCGGCCCCGACGUGAAGUUUUCACCCGUCUGCUCUUUGGAACGAGAUGCAUCCUUCUAUUCUCCAUGCCACGCUGGCUGCAAUUCCACAAUGCAAUUUGCCAACGGCACAAGGUUAUUCCACAACUGCAGCUGUAUUCCUAGCGGCAUUGCAACUGAUGGACCUUGUACUGUGGACUGCGCCACAAAUUUCACUAUCUUCUUGAUAUCACAAUGUAUCAUAAGUUUCCUAGGCGCUUCAGGCAAAGCUGGAAACAUUCUUAUACAGAUAAGAUGCGUUCAUGAAGACGACAAACCUCUGGCUAUCGCAUUCAGCGAAUUCUUGGUGUGCGCGCUUGCCUUCAUUCCCGCUCCCAUCGUGUUUGGCUUAGUGCUGGAUUCUGCUUGCCUUGUGUGGGGAGAGACGUGCGGAAGCAGCGGGAACUGUUGGCUGUAUGACGAUCAGAAAUUACGUUAUCUCUUGAACUUGCUGGGGUCGGGUCUGAUGCUCGUGGGGGUCAUUCUUGACAUUGGCGUUUGUUAUUAUGCCAAAGAUCUUCAAAUGUACGACGAAGAGGAAGCAAAUGUCAAAAGAAAUUUAGUGCCUUUCGAUGACCCUGCUGCAGUUGAGUUUCUCAGACGAAAUUCGCCAAGAACGUGAAUAGCCGACAGUAUAUUUUUUGACUGUCAUCGUACGAAGUGAACUGUUUGAAAAAUAAUUUACCGUGCUGCAAGUUCGUCAGCGUGCAGUCUAAGAAGUUUAGGAGUCAAUAUCUGCUUUUUGGCUUUACCUCCCACUUCCAGAGUCCUCUAUGAAAGUUUGUAACUAAGGAUGCGACAUUGAUGCCGAUGUUUUCAAAACAUCAAUGUUUUAGAAAACCGAUGUAUUGAAGUCUAUAUUUGAACAAUGUUUUGUUCUCGAUGUUUUUACGUUUCCGACGAUUUGUUCUUGGAUGAAAAAUUCCAAUAAUCAUAAUUUUGUAAGAAAUAAAAUAAGAAAUAAUAACUGAUGUUUACGUGCCACUGGUAGGUGUUCGAACCCCACGCACGCCUUUGGUACUACCUUCAUCGAGCAGACGCCCUCCUAACGUGGUCCUAAUACCUUUCGUUCGGCAUUUCGUUCGUCUUUCCUCGUAUUACGCACCUGCAGAAUGAAAGAUGCGCUUUUUAUCUUCUUCAGUUAAAUUUUAAUUAUAAAUUCAUCACGGUCACUCUCAAAUUCAAUUUUGUUAACCACAAUUAUUAUAUUAUGGGGUUAGUUUGCCACCUUUAAAAAAUCUAUAUUCACAAACAUCUAUGGAAUUUUGUGGAUAUAUUAUUAACGUCGAUGUUAAUGUUGAACAUCCAUGUUUUGUUGUCGAUGUCGCAUCACUAUUUGUAACAAGUCUACAAUGUCGUGCCAUAGCGUGUAGAAAAGAUAGUGUAAGAGCUCGCCCAAGUACACUGGUUCCGCUGUAGCUUACCACUAGGUUCAAAUUAAUUCCUGAAACAUAUCAUAAUUAAUAUUCAAAACGUAUUCUUUCAAUAUUUUCAAGAUACUUGUUAAGUUUGGUUGAACACAAAAAUAUACUAUUUAUAUUUACAACAUCGUUUUUCUAGAUGGAUUUUCUGUUAAUAUGUAUAAUUACAUUGAAAGUCUCGAAAUACACUAUGUAUAAUUUUGAAUAUAAACCAUAUAUUUUGAUUUAACA